ACUUUACAAACAAAAAAAGUUAUUGUCUAAAUAUAAGUAAUAACAAUUACGCUGAUAACAGAUAGAAGAGUUUAUAUUAUGUAUUGAAAGUCUGUACCUAUAUUAUUUAAUUAAAAGUAUUUGAAUUAUUAUUUGGUAAGUGUGAGUUUAUUUUAUAAGAGUGAAGAUCAUGAUAACAUUGAAGGGUAAAUUGAAAAAAGAUGGAGAAGUAUCAAAUUCAAAGCCUAAGGAUUUUAACAAACGUAUUUCUGUCCGGGACAAAUUACUAGUUAAGGAGGUCCAAGAAAUGGAGCAAACUUUACCCAACACUUGUCAAGUGACAUUUGAUGAUCCUCAUCGUCUGCAUGAAUUUAUUCUCAUGAUUGUACCUGACGAAGGCUAUUGGUUGGGUGGUAAAUUUUAUUUUCAAAUUCAUAUACCAGAGGAAUAUAAUAUGACGCCGCCAGUAGUUAAAUGUUUAACUAAACUUUGGCAUCCGAACAUAAAUCUAGACGGCGAAGUUUGUUUAUCUAUUUUGAGACAAAGCAGCAUUGAUGGUAUGGGUUGGGCACCGACACGUAAACUCAAAGACGUUGUCUGGGGUUUGAAUUCAUUAUUUACUGAUCUUUUGAACUUUGACGAUCCCCUAAACAAAGAUGCCGCUGAUUUAUUUUUAAACAACAAAGAAUCAUUUCGUAACAAAGCACACGAAUAUGUACUCCAAUACGCUAAAAGAUGAUUCUAAAUAAAUGAAUCUAGUGUAAUAAGUGAUAAUAAUUUUUACUCUUGUACAUUUUUAAUAAUUGCAUCGGUCUGGAUAAUACUUAUAAAGAAAAGAAAUUCAAUUAUCAACUGUCCAAUUAAAUAAUUAUUUUUUUGCUAGUCUUAAAAUUCAAAUUUUUUACCUGAAACUUUUUUUCUUAAGUUAAUAUUCACUCGAAAUAUAUUUUAAUUUAAAUACUUAAAUAUGUAAGACGUUCGAUAAAAAUUUUUUUAUCAAUAAAAAUAAAUUUAAACGAG